GAAGCGUGUGUUCGACAGCAUUUUUGUGGGGUAUGUUGGGCAAGACAAACUGAUUCCUUCGUAUCGCGUUCUAUUUAUCACACCUGUAGUAGUUUCACUAAUAUUUACAUCGCAGAACGACACCUCUGCACUAGAUGGCGCGUGGUACGUUUAUUGUUUCUUUAUAUAUUUAUUUCUGCCUCAGCAGACGACCAAUCGGCGACAGAGCCGUCAGUUACCUGCUUGAUGGCAAACAGUGGAGAACUCUCUCCGUUGGGCGGGAGUUGUGAAGACUCUGAGCAGCAGUGUGGCCUCUGCAACGAAGGGUACAAGCAGCCACGGGUCCUCGCUUGCCUGCAUGUUUACUGUGAGGCCUGUCUUGAGAAGCUUCUUCAGAGCAAAUCUGGCGAUGGAGACUGCCCUGCUCCAGCAAACACUUCCAUUACAUGUCCCGAGUGCGGACAUGAGACAAAGUUGAAGAGCAAAGGAGCACUACGUGAGACCUGCCCUUUGGACCACGUGCUAGCCAACGAGCUUGAGCGGGCUGCUCUGGAAGGCCCCGGUGCAGCAUGUACGUCAUGUAAGGCCAGGGAGCCUGCUGUGGCACGAUGCUCAGACUGUGCGUCGUUGCUGUGCAAUAACUGUGUGACUGCUCACCGGUACAUGCGGUGCUUCGAAAGUCAUGCCGUGCUCACCUUUGAAGAACUGGGUGCAAAGCCUAAUGCCAGCGGGGAUGGAUCGGUGAUGGCUCAGCUCCACAGGCCUCUCGCCUGUCCUUCUCAUGCUGGGGAGCAGCUUAAGCAUUUCUGUCUCACUUGCCAGGUACCCAUCUGCAGUGAGUGCAUGGUUAGUGAGCACCAGCAGCCUGAGCACCGGUGCGAGCGGGCGUCCGAGGCAGGCCCACGGCAGCGCGAGGAGCUAGAAGCACUAAUGGCAGAAGGGAGGCUCAAGGCAACUGCGUUUGAAGAUUCCCUUUCCGCUCUGCAGACUGGUCUCACUGAUUUGCAGAUGCAGAGGGAUAAUACGCGCUCUCUCAUUCAGGAGACAUUCCAGAGUUACAAAGCAAUCUUGGAGAAGCGUCAAGAUGAGCUGCUGGCGGAACUCGAGAACAUGCACUCCGAGGAGGAACUGCGCAUCAUGGAUGCCUUCCACAUGGUGGAGAAAACUGCGGAGCAAGUAGAGGUGGCCUGCCGCUUCACGGAACGCCUGCUGAAGCAUGCAAACAACCUCGAAAUGCUCUCUCUGAAGCCGCUUGUGGGAGCCCGCCUGAUGUAUUUGCUGAACAACACGCCGAAACCGGAGCUCCAGACUGAACUGGUCUUUGAGACCGAGAGUGCUCGCUUUGAGGCCGCAGUGCGCUCAUCAUUUGGACAUCUCGUGUACCCGCGUAGCCCCCCCACUCCUCCGCCGCCCCCACCUUCUUCAUCCACUUCCUCCGGUGUUGGCGGCGGCAUUUCGUCCCCCCUGCAUUCCGCAGCCUCCUCACUCGAAGGAACUGACCCGUUUGCGAGCGUCUUGGCACCACCGGCAUCGGUUAGCUCGGUGAGCCCGCUGGAAGUCAGAGCUGAUGGUUUCUUGGCCAACAACGUUGUGGCACAGUACAACCUUGCGCGGCUGGCCGGAAUGGCAGGCGGAGGAACGGUUGGAGAGGACGACCAGCCACACGUGGGCAGCCCCAUCGUUGGGGGAGCAGGAGGGGGUACGCUAGCCGACCUCCUUAUGGACUCUGGGAUUGGUACUGCGGAGCAGAAUGUGUUGAACAACCUGGAGGCAUUGGCUAAGCUUGGAUCUGUUUCCCUCAACAGUUCAGGGCAGAUAAUAGUAAAUGGACAGGUGGUUCCAGGCCUGACACUGGACUCUGCAGUUCAGUCACCUCUGGGUCCUUCUGCUCACCACCGUGGGAGCCACCUGGUGGAUUCCCUCUUGGUGAAUGGCGGUGCACUGUCUCCUCGAUCAUCCUCUCGUGGAUCUCCGCUCUUGGACGGCCUUGUGAAUGGGGGUAGCCUUGGUGGCCCAAGGGUGCCCAUUCUCUCUGCCAACGUUGCUUCGUCGCUCUCUGUGCACACUGGUUAUGUGCCGCCACCAAGGAGCUCAUCUACUAAACUGAACACCAUGCAAAUCAGGCACACCUUCUCAUGUCGCACAUGCCACGUUCAUGACAGGUGCAAGUUUGGGCAGCUAGGUUCAGGAAAAGGCCAAUUCAGCUCCCCUCAUGGCUUCUGUCUGGGCCUAGAGGAAGAAAUCAUUGUGGCUGACACCAAUAACCACCGCAUACAAGUCUUUGACAAGACUGGAGAGUUCAAGUACACCUUUGGGGUUCCUGGCAAAGAGGAAGGGCAGCUCUGGUAUCCACGCAAGGUUGCUGUGAUCAAAAGCAGUGGCAAAUACGUGAUCUGUGACAGGGGCAACGAACGGUCACGUAUGCAGAUCUUCACCAAGGGCGGGCAUUUUAUCAAGAAGAUAGCGAUCCGCUACAUCGACAUAGUAGCGGGCUUAGCGAUCACGGCUGAGAACAAGAUUGUGGCUGUGGAUUCUGUCUCACCAACCGUUUUUGUCAUCUCUGAAGCUGGGGAACUCCUGCUGUGGUUUGACUGCAGUGAAUACAUGAGGGAGCCUUCGGACAUUGCCAUCAGUGGAAGGGAGUACUACAUAUGCGACUUCAAGGGUCAUUGCGUGAUCGUAUUCAGUGAGGAAGGCCAGUACUUGCGCAAGAUCGGCUACGAUGGCGUGACCAAUUUCCCCAAUGGCAUUGACAUCAGCGACGCUGGAGAUGUCCUCGUCGGCGAUAGCCACGGCAACCGCUUCCACGUGGUGGUGUUCUCACGCGACGGAACUCUGCUCUCCGAGUUCGAAUGUCCCUACGUCAAGGUGAGCCGCUGUUGCGGCCUCAAAAUUACCUCCGAGGGUUAUGUCGUCACACUUGCCAAGAACAACCACCACGUCCUCGUGCUCAACACACUCUACAUUGUCUGAAUGGUGCGCGUCGCUGUUUGGCUGCCCUCCCCAGGUUGUUACUUUUUUUUUGUUUGUUUGUUUGUUUGUUGUUCUCACCUUCUUUUGCUUUGUACUGUCUGUUUUGCGGCUGUUUACUUGGCUCUGCGUCAAAGGCACGCUUUGUGUGAAAAGCUGUAUGUACGGUGGGACGUAAGAAUGACCAAAUAUUAAGGAGGAUUUUUCUGCUGCAGAUGCGGAAUGUCAUUCAAGCAGUUACUGAGCUGCUAAUCUGCUUCUCUUAAUGCAGUAUUCUCUUCAGUAGUUCCGUGAAAUUCUCUCUCUGGAGCUGUCUUGGACCCAGAGCCAAGUAAUAUUGAAUGCCUUUACAGUUUGGGGUGUCGUUUUUCUUCGGGGCUUCUUUUCUUCGUCAAUUGAACUGCUACGGUUUAAAAUGUAGCACUUUUUUGCAGUUGUGUUUUCUGCGGCGUUUGUUCCAGGAGUACCUGUUCUUCGGUGUGCCUUUGCUUGUUUUUACUCGCGACCUGUCAUUGCGUGUUGUUCUUUUUGUUGCCACGGGGAGCGGCAGCGGACCACUAGCGCCACCAAAAUAUUUUCCUCACGCGAGGGGGGCUCGGUGCUGAACUUUUUUUUGCGGCAGGACAGUUUUCAUCCUCGUUUUGAGGUUUUGGCGGGCCUCGACAAGUGUUACAGCGUUCUUUUUUUUUUUUUUUUUGUUUUUUCCCCUUCUGCCUCGUGGCAGCAUUGUGUGGCUCAGCACGACCUACAACCAAGCUAGAAGCCCCAAAGACACACACACACAGUAAUGUUCUUUCAUUUUUUCCACCCUUUUUUUUUACGUUUUAGGAAGCUCUCGCGCUUUAUUUUUACUUUUGACAAGGCGAGGAAGAGAGAGCGGGGAAAGACACGAAGACCAGGGGACGAGUUGGACACAGUGUCCACAUUCCGGGACGCAGGUGGGGGAGGGGGAUCAGAUGAGGAGCAAGAGUGAGAGAGAGACAGAGAGAUGCCCCGGCGCGAGCACACUGAUCCACGUUGAGACCAACAACAGCCACCUUUUUGAAAAACACACAGAAAGUUAACUGUGAUAUUUGCCUUGUUGUUCCGAAGGAGGGCUCUCUUUUUUCCCCCCGCAGUGCGGUUGCCAGUACAAAGCUGUCUCCAUUGUUUGUUUUUUUCACUGAUUAGCACAAAAAAAGAAAAAGAAAAGUGCUGUUAAGGGAGAGAGUGUUAAGGAGAACAAGAGGGGGGACUACCUCUUUGUUCAGCAUGGGACUAUCGCACGCGACGAUGGCGACGAUCCCGGCGCGAUCUGAUGCAACCCUCUCUCGCCCUUUAUUCUCAUUUUGGAAGGAAAGAAAAAAUCUACUUAGGAGGGAUAGCAAGCCAAGUUUAUUAUUGUCAUUGCUUAUUGUUUACACUCCUAUUAGUUGUGCUGAACGCUAACUGGCACGUAGUACUUACGAACUUCCAAACUUAUCUUUGUGCUCGCUAUCCAGAUUGCUAUCCAGGUUGCUAUCCAGAUUGCGUGCUCUCGCGGCACUGUUGGAGUCCUUCCUGCCCCCCCUUUUUUUUUCAGCUGCGUUAUUAUUUCGUUGCAGUUUGGAUUUUUUUUUUUUUUGUCCCUCAACUUCUCUGUCCCUUCCCCACCUCAUCCUUGCUAGCGGCACUUUUUUUGGCAUUUAUAGACUGCUCGAGUCUCUGCAUUGUUUUUUAAGGAAUUUCGCUCUAUUCCUUCAUUUAUUCAUUCACCUGUCUGAUAUUCUUUUUAUUUUUUUUCAUAAAUUCCUCUUAGUCAAUCAAAAACGACCGACAAAGACAAAAAGGAAGAACUUGCUUGUCCCUGUUUUAUGCCACACUUUUAACAAACACCCCCCCUUUUUCCACCCUUCCCCCAUCCCCCCAUGCUACACUACGAGAUAAGCUCACGAGAAAGUAUAUAUACACGUACGUGUACCCCCUGUGCCUAGUCCUUUUUACUGUGCUUUAGCUUCUUUUUUUAUACAUAUAGACAAAAUGUGCCAUUUGGGUUUAUCCCAUUUAUAAAUAGUAUAUUAUAUAUAUAUACAACUACAUACCUACUAUAUACAAAGUGUAUACACAUAACAACAGUGUGGUAACACUCAACAGAAAAUCGUGUCUUGACGUGUGCUCGCGUGUGCAGGUCUGCCAGAUAAAAAAAAGGUGGGACUAGGAAGAGAGAUAAAUAUGGGUGACACGUGGCAUGGAGUUCAAGGCGGAUGGAUGGUCAGGGUCUUCCCUCCUCUCUUUUUCUCGCAUGUGUGCUGAUCUUUGCACAUGAAUUUUCACAUGAUUUUCAUUUCUCUCGCAGUGAAAGAGGACACAAGAGCUUUCGUGUGCUGUUUUUUUUUUUUAAGUUCUUCAUCAGUUUUGUCGCAUAUCCUCAGAAAGUCACUGUUGCUGGUAUUCACGGCCGUACAAAUGAAAAGGUUAACGAGAAAAAAAAGGAAAAAAAAUACAUGGGGGGUUUUUUCAACUGCCGCAUGGGUACCUACUCUGCCUGUACGGUCCUGUAUAUAUUUAUACAUUACCUCAUUAUACACCUAUUGUUGUUAUUGCUGUUAUUGCUGCAUUAUUACUGUGUAUUCAACAUUUAUUAUUGUCAUUAUUUCAGUCGCUGCAGUAUACACAGUUAUAUUUUCCGUGGAGGCCCUAGCAAAGUAAUUUUUGUUUUCCUUUUUUUUUUUAAAGAACUCGUGUGUUCCUUGAUGCUCCCGGGUUACCAAUGUGUUACUUGUGAGACACGGGGCCCAAAAGUUGUCCACAAUGUUUUUUUUUUUUUAGCGACCUGACCGACACUGGGUUGGGGAGGGGGCACAGGGUCUAGCAGCAUUAAAAAAAGAAAAAAACAUUCCACUCCACAACAUUUAAAACUGUUGCUUGAAUGCAGAGCUGCUGCUUCCUUCAUUUUUGGAGAGCAGCGAACGAGGGACAUCACUUUGGGUUUGGAAGGAGGGAAAGCCUUUGGGGGAGUGGGAAGAUUGUGUUCAUUUUUUUUUUUUAUCCAUGUCUAGUCAGAUUACAAAUCACUAUGUGAGUUUUCUUUUUUUAUGUUGGUGCUGCUAUGUUAUGUUUAGCCCCAAUAUAAGAUUUUUUUCCUGUUAUGUGUACCUAAGUUUGUUUAUAUCAGGAGAAGGAAGGUAAGAUGCCUCGGCAAGCCAGGUGAGGCUAUGGUUCUAAUGCAUAUUUUUUCUCCACUGUGUUUUCUACCUUUAGGAUGCGUAAUAAGCAAAGCAUAAUCUUCGUUUUUUUUGUUUUUUUAAAUUUGGCUUCCUUUUUUUCCUUAUGCGCGUGCAAGAGGUAAAUAUAUAUAUACACGUAUAUAUUUUUUUCUUUCCUGGAGGGAGCGCUUUCAUUUUUUGGCAGGCAUUGUCAUGUUACAUUUUACACUUCUGUUGUGCCGUGCCUGCCGAUAAGGUUUUGUGGGCCGAGCAUGCCCCAUUGUGUAGUACUAUUUUAUGUCUUUCAGCGAGCACAUUUAUGUACGGACUGCACGCUUGCUAUUUUUUUGUUCAAUCUCCAAUAGAAGAGAUUCGGUGUGUUGCACCUACUAAAGAAAAAGAGCAAAAAAAAAAGGGGGUGUGUACAUAUGCGCCAUGAGCAUGUUCAUCAUCGCUUCUGGCACUUAGCUUAACGAACCUGUAUGGUCCCAUCUGCGGAAGAGUUACUUUUGUGUCUAUCCCAUCUGACUGUACUUGCCGUUCACUGUACUACGGUGGUCUUCAAAUGCACUGAACUGAGAGGAGCGCGCCAGUGCGCUUUGUCUCGGCUGUAUAUCGGCAGUAUAUCGGCAAUGUGGUGGGGCUAUCCCGCCCCUUCCUGGUGAAGGGGGGCGACCGCUCCCGCAGAGUCUGUCCUUUUUUUUUGCUUUCUUAGAUAGGUUUUGCAACCAGCUAGAAGUGUACAACUAUCAGCAACUCUUAUCUUUUUUUCUUUUUUGUAAACUAGCGCUACGGAUGGUUCUACACUGCUAGGUGUUUAAAAACGAAAAGUCCUAGCGCUACUAACGUUGAUGCGGAAAAAGCACACAGUCUCUGAAGAAAAGCCUGUCGAAUAUUAAGAGUCGCGUAAGGGCUCUUCCUCCUGUUCACAGCUCAAAUUUUUUUUUUUCUCACAAAUUUGGAACUUGGGCAUCUUCCUCUGCUUACAAAAAAAAAGAAAGCAACAAAAACAAUAAGAAUACAACUAGUCUGUGGUGUGAACGUUGCGUUUGAGUGAUAUCUA